UCGGUUACUAACCUGAAAUCAAGCCAUUCAAGGCACAAGCCAUGUCUAUGUUAUCUGUCUUGCCCAUCACAUGUUCCUUCUCUGUCAGGCACCCCUCACAUCCUGUCAAUUAAAGACUUCCUUGUACCUUGCAGACCCCAUGAAUGUGUGUCAAGUGAUGAGCUGUGUGCUCGCCAGUAGUCCAAUAACAUCAAACUGCUUAUUGAAUGUCAGCCAACCUCAAGAGGGCCUCAAGUAAUUCCACAUCAAGUGUUGCCAGCCUUGGCGCGGAGUUGCUGGACCAACCCGCCCAGAGCUCCUCAGUCAUUUCUGCAAGAGAACACAAAGGUGUCGCAUCAGCACGAGCCUUUAAAAGUUCCUGGUCUGAUCCACAAAUCCAAGGCCCAGGGAACAAUGAGUACAAUGGCAACAGAGAUUGCUGCGUUUCUCCUGAGUGUCUCCGGGUGGAUCCUGGUGUCAUCCACACUUCCUACAGACUACUGGAAGGUCUCCUCGGUAGAUGGGACGGUCAUCACUACGGCUACCUUCUGGUCUAACCUGUGGAAAACGUGCGUGACCGAUUCCACAGGCGUGUCCAACUGCAAGGAUUUUCCCUCUAUGCUGGCUCUAGACGCAUACAUCCAAGUAUGUCGGGGCCUGAUGAUUGCAGCGGUGUGUCUCGGUUUCUUUGGAGCCACACUUGCCUUGCUUGGAAUGAAGUGCACAAAAGUAGGAGGUUCCGAGACAUCCAAAACUCGCCUGGCAGUCUUUGCAGGUUUUCAGUACAUCCUCAGCGGAUUGUGCUGCAUGACCGCCUGCUCCAUAUAUGCUCACAGGAUCACCAGCGACUUCUUCGACCCCCUCUUUGUUGCACAGAAGUUUGAACUGGGAGCGGCGCUCUUCAUUGGCUGGGCUGGAUCCGUGUUAUGCAUUUUGGGAGGUUUGAUUUUCUGUCUCUCGCUGUCAGCGAGCUCGAACAUCAGGCAAGUUGACAAUGGGCCUUAGUCAGCAACAGUUCUCAGACACACAUGAGCCUCUAAAUCAGGGGUGGGCAAACUACGCCCCGCGGGCCGGAUCCGGCCCGUUGGUCUUUUUAAUCCGGCCCGCCGAAGAUUGGUGCACAAUUAAGGUUUGAUUGCAUUCAUUUCGUUUGGACUUGUAAUGACAGGUAUUUCAACACCAGGUGGCGCAGUUAAUUCAAGUUGCAGAGCACAGAGAGGGAGGGGAAGACGAAGAAAAAGGGAGAGAGUAAUGACCAUGGAAGGGAAAGUGUUAUAUAUCUGAUUAAACGAAGCGGGUAACAAAGUACGAAACAUUCAGGAGACGCCUGGAGUCUGAAAGACUCAAAUCUACGAGACUUUGAAAAACAAGGAAGCGAUUCUUACUCAGUCCGAUUCUGGCAAUUUCCAUGCUCAGAGUGAAUUGCUUGUGGCUUGAGUAAAUGAACAUUUCCUAGAA